UGAACGGCAACAGGAACUCGCGUGAAAGCACCGUUAAGCAUGCAUUUUUCUCUGCAGUCCUGUUUGAGGAUUUCCACUGCUUUUUUCGGCGCACGGUGUACUAAGCGGUGUUCGUUUCUUACACAUAUAUCCCCAUAUUAUCCAAGAAAAAUGAUGCAUUACCAGACGGAAGAAAGAGGACGCCCGAAUACUACUGAUUACAGGAUUUAUUUUAAAUCAUCAGAUGGGAAAUACAUCUCACCCUUCCACGACAUUCCACUUUUUGCAGAAAGUGAACAGGAAAAUGAUGUGCCACAGAAGAAAGUAAGGAAGACUGAAAAUGAGGUCCUGUGUAAUAUGGUGGUGGAGGUGCCUCGCUGGUCAAAUGCCAAAAUGGAGAUUGCAACUAAAGAACCUCUGAAUCCAAUCAAGCAAGAUGUCAAGAAGGGCAAGCUUCGAUAUGUUGCCAACGUGUUUCCCCAUAAAGGAUACAUUUGGAACUAUGGGGCGCUUCCGCAGACGUGGGAAGACCCGAAACACACGGACAAAGACACGUGCUGCUGCGGAGACAACGACCCCAUCGACGUGUGCGACAUCGGAUCAAAGGUGUGCUCAUCGGGGCAGGUGAUCCAGGUGAAGGUCCUCGGUGUCCUGGCCCUGAUCGACGAGGGGGAAACCGACUGGAAGGUCAUCGUCAUCAAUGCCGAGGACCCAGACGCUCCAGCCUUAAACAGCAUUGAGGAUGUGCGUAAGAAAAGACCCGGCCAUUUGGAAGCUACAGUGGACUGGUUUAAGAAGUACAAGAUCCCGGACGGAAAGCCCGAAAACAAGUUUGCUUUCAACGGACAGUUCAAAGACAAGGAUUUUGCAAUGGAGGUCAUAAGGUCCACUCACGAGCACUGGAGGGCAUUGGUGCAAAAACAGGAUAACGGAGGAGAGAUAAACUGUAAAAACCUGUCCGUGUGCGAGAGCCCUUUCAAAUGCAGCGAGGAGGAGACCAGCGCAGUGGUGAAAUCGGCCCCUGAGUGUGGAAAAGCUGACUCGCUGCCCGCUGACGUGGAUAAGUGGUACUUCCUUCCAAAGUGAACCCAGAACCUUUCCUGCCAAUGGUUUUCCAGAUCCAAAGACUUGAUACUUGGAAAAUCAAAAACUGAAGCACUUGAAGAGAAAAAAAAAAUGAAGAGGCUUGAGUUGUAAAGUACAAUGUUUCCUCUUUAUGCCUACUCAGCUCAAAUGUAUUUUUGAUCUGUUUUAUUUGAUUUUAUUUGAAAUGCACUCCGAAGCUUAGUUUUUACUUUCAGCUGUUUAAAAAAAAAUCUGAGAUUUUUUUUUUUGAAGAUAGGACUUUUUGCUUAUGGAUUAUGGAUUUAAUGGGCUGGUUUUUGUAAUUUUCACUUAUCCUCUGUGUUAUAAAACUAAUUAUAUUAAGCAGUUCCAAGAAGAAGAAAAAAAAAAAAACACUGUGACCUAAAUGGUAGUAUAGUUUGAACUUAUGAAUUAGGUUUUGGCAUCAAAUGACAAUGGGCUGUAAAGAAUUAUGUAUUGCUGACCUGCAUCUUAUAUUUAGUUUAUGUGCUAUGUGCCAAUGUAUUUCUUGGGAAAACACUCAGUAAUCACCAGUAAUCAGUGAUGUCCAGUGAUGUUAAGCAGUUAUAAUUUAAUAUGAUUAGCAAUGAAUGCCGCUGGAUGCUUGAUGGAAGGUUUUAUUUUCCUUUUCUUUUUCUUAUUGGUGCCUUAUUUUGUGUUGUGGGAUAUUUGUUUCCUCUGUAUCAUUAGCCUGUUGGAACAUAGUAUCGCCUCCUGUAAAAUGUUUUGUAAAAUCUUUCUAAAGCUCAUUUAUAGGGAUAUUGGGUGAUCCUGCUUUGUUUUGAUCGAUCGCACAUUAUUUUCAUUUUUUUUUUAAAUAGUGUCCAUUAUUAGGAAAGGCAGUAGAAACCUAAGAGCCAUUUUAUUUAGAUGCUCACUGAUAUUAAAGGGAUUAAGGCCUUCAUUGAA